AUGAGGUCUCUCAAAUUCCGUCAUCUAAUCACGCUCUACUUUCGUUGGUUGCCUUUGGAACUCUUUUCCCUCCAUCAAAGCCCAAAUCCGUAUCUAAGUCUCUCUCAAAUUCCGUCAUCUAAUCACGCUCUACUUUCGUUGGCUGCCUUUGGAACUCUUUUCCCUCCAUCAAAAGCCAUUAUGAACUCUUUUCCCUCCAUCAAAGCCAUUAUGGUCUCUCAAAUUCCGUCAUCGUCACUCUACUUUCGUUGGUUGCCUUUUGGAACUCUUUUCCCUCCAUCAGCCAUUAUGAGUCUCUCAAAUUCCCUCUACUUUCGUUGGUUGCCUUUGGAACUCUUUCCUCCAUCAAGCCAUUAUAGGUCUCUCAAAUUCCGUCAUCUAAUCACGCUCUACUUUCGUUGGUUGCCUUUGAACUCUUUUCCCUCCAUCAAAGCGUAUGUCUCUCAAAUUCCGUCAUCUAAUCACGCUCUACUUUCGUUGGUUGCGCUGAGACUCUUUUCCCCUCCAAAGCCAUUGUGGGUCUUCUCUCAAAUUCCACUUUUCCCUCCAUCAAAGCCAUUAUGGAUCUCUCAAAUUCCGUCAUCUAAUCAAGCUCUACUUUCGUUGGUUUGCCCUUUGGAACUCUUUUCCCCUCCAUCAAAGCCGUAUGAGUCUCUCAAAUUCCGUCUCUCUCAAUUCCAUCAUCUAAUCACGCUCUACUUUCGUUGGUUGCCUUUGGAACUCUUUCCCUCCAUCAAAGCCAUUAUGGAGUCUCUCAAAUUCCGUCAUCUAAUCACGCUCUCUCUUUCGUUUUUGGUUCUCCAUCAGCCUUUACGACUCUUUCUCUCCAAAUUCCGUCAUCUAAUCCGCUCUACUUUCGUUGGUUGCCUGGCCUCUUUUCCCCUCCAUCAAAGCCAUUAUGAUUCUCUCAAAUUCCUCUCUCAAAUUCCGUCAUCUAAUCACAUCUACUUUCGUUGGUUGCCCUUUGAACUCUUCCUCCCUCUAUUGGCCAUUAUGAGUCUCUCAAAUUCCGUCAUCAAUCACGCUCUACUUUCGUUAAGUUUGCCUGAACUCUUUUCCCUCCAUCGUAUUAUGGUCUCCUCCUCAAAUCCGUCAUCUAAUGCGCUUUCUACUUUCGUUGGUUGCCUUUGGAACUCUUUUCCCUCCAUCAAAGCCAUUACGGUUCUUUUGAACUCUUUUUUCCUCCAUCAUUAA